CUUCUAUCUGACUAUUCUUUCAAGAAGAACACAUGAAAGACAGCUUAAUUUUUAUUUUUUUUCUAUUUUCCAUUUCCAUUUCCAUUUUCAGUUCACAAAGAUUACAGAUCACACUUGUCUAUGUUUUAAAUUAAUAUACUCCUUAAUCUUCCACGAUCUUUUAGAUCAUACAGCAUCAAGACGAAAUUUUUAAUUUUAAUAAAUAAAUAGAUUCAGAAAACAAUUUUAAAAAAACCAAGAAACCUUUGACUUUCUAACAAAAUCAUGAAAUUGAGAUCAAUAGAGAGAUACCCAUUUGAGUUUUGGUGUUUAUGAUGGAGAAAAAAGCAAUAUUGGUGCUGUUGUUGUUGACAUUGAGUCUAAUCAGUGGUGAAGAACCAGAAAAGAUUGAUACCAAAAAGGCACCAUGGAGGAUCCACACUUUGUUUUCUGUAGAAUGUCAGAAUUACUUCGAUUGGCAAACGGUUGGACUUAUGCAUAGCUACAGGAAGGCUCAGCAACCUGGACCUAUUACAAGAUUGUUGAGUUGUACGGAAGAAGAGAGGAAGGGUUAUAGAGGGAUGGAGUUGGCUCCUACUUUUGAGAUUCCUUCUAUGAGUAAACAUCCUAAAACUGGUGAUUGGUAUCCUGCAAUUAACAAACCGGCUGGAGUUGUUCACUGGCUUAAAUACAGCAAAGAGGCAGAUAAUGUUGAUUGGGUUGUCAUACUGGAUGCAGACAUGAUCAUUCGAGGUCCAAUCGUACCAUGGGAGAUUGGGGCAGAGAAAGGGAAGCCUGUUUCUGCGUAUUAUGGGUAUUUAAUUGGUUGCGAUAAUAUUCUUGCAAAGCUGCAUACAAAGCAUCCUGAACUUUGUGACAAGGUUGGUGGGCUAUUAGCCAUGCAUAUAGAUGAUCUUCGAGCUUUGGCACCCCUAUGGCUUUCAAAGACUGAAGAAGUACGGGAAGACAAAGCUCACUGGCCAACCAACUAUACUGGUGAUAUCUACGGAACAGGGUGGAUCAGUGAGAUGUAUGGAUAUUCAUUUGGUGCUGCCGAGGUAGGACUCCGGCAUAAGAUCAAUGAUAACUUGAUGAUAUACCCUGGCUAUACUCCACGAGAGGGUAUUGAACCUAUUCUUAUGCAUUAUGGCUUACCUUUUAAUGUUGGAAACUGGUCAUUCAGUAAACUAGACCAUCAUGAAGACGACAUUGUCUAUGAUUGCAACCGGCUCUUCCCUGAACCUCCUUAUCCCCGCGAGAUAACACAGAUGGAACCUGAUCAUAACAAAAGGAGGGCACUGUUUCUGAAUAUUGAGUGCAUUAAUACCAUGAAUGAGGGCCUUUUAUUACAGCAUGCUGCCUUUAAAUGUCCUAAGCCAAAGUGGUCAAAGUAUCUAAGCUUCUUAAAGAGUAAAACGUUCGCAGAACUAAGUCGGCCAAAACGUUUGACUGCCCAAAGUCGACAGAUGAUGGAGGUUGAAAUUCAUAAAGAAGUUGAUAAUGAGCCUGAAAAGCCACACCCAAAAAUCCACACCAUUUUCUCUACAGAAUGCUCAUCUUACUUUGAUUGGCAAACAGUGGGGCUUGUCCACAGUUUUUACAAGAGCGGUCAGCCAGGGAACAUCACAAGGCUUUUAAGCUGUACAGAUGAAGAUUUAAAGCAAUACAAAGGCCAUGAUCUAGCUCCCACCCACUAUGUACCAUCCAUGAGCCGACAUCCAUUAACCGGAGAUUGGUAUCCAGCAAUCAACAAACCGGCUGCAGUUCUUCAUUGGAUGAAUCAUGUGAAGACGGAUGCUGAAUACAUUGUAAUUCUUGAUGCUGACAUGAUCAUGAGAGGACCAAUAACACCAUGGGAAUUCAAUGCUGGUCGCAGUCGACCUGUUUCAACUCCUUAUGACUACCUUAUCGGCUGUGACAACAUACUGGCAAAGCUCCACACUCACCAUCCUGAAGCUUGUGACAAGGUUGGGGGCGUAAUCGUUAUGCAUGUAGAUGAUCUACGGAAAUUUGCACUGCAGUGGCUGCACAAAACUGAGGAGGUCCGACUUGAUAGAUCUCAUUGGUCCAAGAACAUAACAGGAGAUGUGUAUGAAGCUGGGUGGAUUAGUGAGAUGUAUGGUUACUCAUUUGGUGCUGCAGAGUUGAAUCUACGGCACAUCAUAAGCGACAAGAUUCUGAUAUACCCAGGAUAUGUUCCUACACCUGGUGUUAAUUAUAGAGUCUUCCACUAUGGCUUGGAAUAUAGGGUUGGUAAGUGGAGUUUUGACAAAGCAAACUGGAGACACGCCGACUUGGUUAACAAAUGUUGGGCUAAGUUUCCUGAUCCUCCUGAUCCAUCAUCACUUGAUCAAACUGACAACAAUUCCUUACAGCGCGACUUGCUUAGCAUAGAAUGUGCAACGACGUUGAAUGAAGCGCUUCGUUUACACCACGAGAGGAGAAAAUGUCCAGAUCCUAACACUAUUUCCACGCCCAAACGUGAAAGAGUAAAUCAGGACAGAGUCAAUGAAACUAGAACCAAUUCUGAAACAAGAACCCGUGCUGAAAGUAGAACCGAUGCUGAAACUAAAACCGAUGCUGAAACUAGAACUGAUGCUGAAACUAGAACUGAUGCUGAAACUAGAACCGAUGUUGAAGCUAGAACCGAUGCUGAAGCUAGAACCAAUGCUGAAGCUAGAAUGGCUGUUGAAAUUACAACUUCAAGGAAGUUUGGAAACGUUGAUGACGUUCAGGCCUUGAAGCACGACGAAAUGCCCAAAAAUAAUUCUAAGAAAUCCUCCCAAGUUGAAACGCCAAACGGAACAUUCACUUCUAUGAGAUUUUGGAUCAUGGUUUUGUGGGCGGUUUCAAUCUUCGGCUUCUUAGGUGUCAUGUCCGUCAUGCUUAGAGGGCGUAAGGGAUUGAAAAAGAGAGGUAAAGGUUACAAGUCUAAGAGAAGAACUACAUAUUCUGGUUUCUGGGAUACAAAUGGACAGGAUAGGCAUCUACGCAACGCUGAAACAGCAUAGAAAGCUCUGUUCUUGGUACAAAUGACAAAGUUCUUUGCAUAUCAAACAUGGUCAUUCGCGCCAAGGUCCUUGUAAGUUCAUUAUUUUAGCAGAGACGAAGAAAAAACGUUUCUUUUAAUCGAGUUAGUAUUUGGUGCUGCUGGAUGGAAUGGAAGAUGUUUUUCUAUGUUCUGUUUGAUUAAAUCAAUUUCACAUGAAGUUGUUAGUCUACAAUUGCCUAAAUAGGUCUAUGCCUAGGGGGAAAAAACAUAAUGUUAGUACAAGUUCAGAAAUAGAGUUUUUUUUGGCCUAAUGCUUUUUUUUUUCCUAGAUAAAAAAAGUAGUAAAGUUCCUUUUGUUUUAAAUAAUUACAAUUCUUUUGUAUUGUAAUUUUCUGCAGAUGUAAGUUUCACAGGUAUAACAUGUUUCAAGUUGUGUUUCAUAAGUAA